AGAUGUCGAGAGUGAGACACGAUGGAGGUGAGUGAAUAGAACUGCCAUCACCACCGUCCUGUCCGUGGGGUUGAGAUCGCGUCGCCAUCUUGGAUCCUCGACGCCGCCGCAGUGGAGAGUGGAGCAGUCACCGCCAAAGGAGGUGUUUCGUGCAUUACCGUGAGCUGCGAACCACUGACCGAGAAGAAGCUCCAUCCUCGUCCCUGCUGUGCAGCGCCGGCGCUAUUAGGGUUUCACCGCCGCCGUCCUCGUGGUAGCUGGUGUCGUCACCGGAGAAGACCACCGGAGUUGCUGUCUGCUUCUGCCUCGGGAUUAUGCAAGUUGCCGGAGCCCACUGCCGCUGGGAUUGUGAACGGAAGAAGGAGACGCUGGUCCUGUCACAGCCGUUCCCGGGGGAGAAAUCAGUCGCGCCGCCGUGCCUGGCAGCCGGGAAUGCCACUGCCGUCGCCGAAAAAUUUGUCGGUCACCGCUGCCGCUUUAGGUGGCUAUCGGGCUGCCGCCGAACCGGUUCGGAGACCGUCGCUGUUUCGGUUCAGCCAUUCCUUCUUCGGUUCGGUAAGCGUUUCAAUUGGAAAGCCCUUUUGUUAUUGUUCCGUUAUCUCAAGCUGAGAGUUACUGAGAUUGUUGAGAACGCAAGUGGAGCCAAGUUGCUGGCUGCAGUUGGUUUUGGGUUGAGGCGGAGAUGA